AAUUAUGUAAAAACUCUGUGUCUACAGCUACAUGGCAGGAGCAAACACUUCUGUGGUGAUGACUUCUGUGGAUCGUCUCACUACUCGGCGGCCAGGACCUUCCGGAGGCGCCACAAAUCCCAGGCGGGGAAGGCCGGAGCGACGUGGCCCCGCCCCCUUUCGGGUCGGCACUGCGCGUGCGCCUCCGUGCUAGGCUCGACUCUUAAAGUUGCCUCGGAAUUAAAAGGGCCAGCUGCCUUCCCGAAGUUGGUUAGAAGGCAAGGGGUGUUAAGUUGUGGGCAGCACUUUGUCAUGGGACCUGUGCCGUUGGGAAUAUUGCUUUUCAUUUUGACUGCAUGCGUCCCAGCUUGGGCUGGGGCGCCGAAGGAAGAGGACGAUGAUGACACAGAACGCUUGCCCAGCAAAUGCGAAGUGUGUAAGCUGCUGAGUCUGGAGCUACAGGAACAGCUGAGUCGCACUGGACGAUCUCGAGAGGUGCUGGAGCUGGGGCAGGUGCUGGACACGGGCAAGAGGAAAAGACACAUCCCUUACAGCGUUUCAGAGACAAGGCUAGAAGAGGCCUUGGAGAAUUUAUGUGAGCAAGUUCUGGAUUACAGUGUUCAUGCUGAGCGCAAGGGCUCACUGAGAUAUGCCAAGGGGCAGAGUCAGACCAUGGCAACGCUGAAAGGCCUGGUGCAGAAGGGGGUAAAGGUGGAUCUGGGGAUCCCUCUGGAGCUGUGGGACGAGCCCAGUGUGGAGGUCACAUUCCUCAAGAAGCAGUGUGAGAAAAUGCUGGAGGAGUUUGAAGAAGUCGUGGAAGACUGGUACUUCCACCAUCAGGAGCAGCCCCUGCAGCAUUUUCUCUGUGAAGGUCAUGUGCUCCCAGCUUCUGAAACUGCAUGUCUACAGGAAACUUGGACUGGAAAGGAGAUCACAGAAGGGCAAGAGAAGACAGAAGGGGAGGAGGAGCAAGAUCAAGAGGAGGAGAAGGAAAAGGAAGAAGAGAUGACUAGUGCACCAGGCCACCCCAAGCAUGACCCAGAGGACCUUUGACCCUUGUUUUUGAGCCCCCAGGAAGGGCAGGGGUCAUGGAGAGCGCUCUGAAGCCUGAGCUCUCUCUACCCCACAGCUUUAAUGGUGUGUGUGUGUGUGUGUGUGUGUGUGUCUCACCCCUAAGCUUGUAGGCAGAAUCCUGAUGGUACAGCAUGGCAUAGCUGUGGGGAGAAAGGUGUGAGCAGUAGAUGAAAGCCCUACCCCAACAGAUGAGCCCUCUGCCUGCCAUCUAGCUUCCUUGGCUGUAGGUGUGGAGACGAUAUUGAAGGCUUUCCCCUUUAA